GCCAAUAGGAGUGAGGAAAUCUCACCUUAUCCACACUCCCACCACAAUCUUUCAUUACACUCAUCAUCACAAUCGCACUCCUUAUCAAAAAACUAAAGAAAAGAAAAGAAAAGAAAAUCCACAAAACAAAAACUAAUAACAAACCAACCAACCCCCCUCUUCUUUGUCUAUAGAGUGAUUAGAUUUUCUUCUUCAUUUUCUCAUCAAACAAACAGCAGCAAUGGCAGCCAUGAACUCUAGCGUUUUGGCUUGUAACUAUGCCAUCUCGGGGACUGGGAUGACUGAGCUCAGCUCCAAGGUCACCUCUGCAUGCCCACCAGUUGUGGCUGCCCAAAAGAUGCCUGUGAUCAGGGCUCAGCAGGCCAAAAAUUCCGACCGGAAAACCGAGGGACGACGGGCUGCAAUGCUCUACCUUGCAGCCACCCUCUUCACCACUGCUGCUUCUGCUGCCUCCAACUCCUCAGCCAAUGCUGGUGUCAUUGAGGAAUACCUUGAGAAGAGCAAGGCUAACAAGGAAUUGAACGACAAGAAGAGAUUGGCAACUAGUGGUGCAAACUUUGCCAGAGCUUACACAGUUGAAUUUGGCACUUGCAAGUUCCCUGAGAACUUCACUGGCUGCCAAGAUCUUGCCAAGCAAAAGUGCCAUUUAUCAGUGAUGAUUUGGAGUUGGAGUGUGAAGGCAAGGACAAAUUCAAGUGUGGUUCAAAUGUAUUCUGGAAAUGGUGAAGAAAAGAAUAAGGGCCAGCAGUUCUUUUCAUCUUCCAUCCAUCAUGUAUUUAAAUUUCCAUUGAAACAACCUUUAUAUCCCCUUCUCUUGUAAUCUUCGUUUUAAAUCUGUUCUCCAUUUUCUUUUUCUUUAUUCUUUUUGAGUUCUUAGAUUUUACUAUAUCGAUUGAACAGACUAAAAAGUCAGUAGUUGACCCUAAUUGUCUCUUCGUACA